AUGGCACCGGAGCGGGUGUGCGUGCUGGAGAAGGGGCCCUCGGGCUAUGGCUUCCACCUGCACAGCGAGAAGAACCGGCCCGGACAGUAUGUGAAGUUGGUGGAGCCCGGAUCGACCGCCGAGAAAGCGGGGCUCAGAGCGGGUGACAGGCUGAUCCGGGUGUGCGGGGAGGACGUCAGGGAACUGGGGCACCAGCAGGUGGUCGGUAAGAUCCGGGCGGCCACGGAGCAACUCACCCUGGAGGUGCAGGGACCCGAGGAGGAGGCAGAAGACAUUUCCCAGGUUGCAAAUCCUCCAGCAGCAUCUGCCAAUGACAAGGAAUGUAUUGAAAACCAAUUAAUCCGUUCUGGAGGGCAGAAAAAAAAGGAAUACCGCCCCAGGCUUUGCACCAUGAAGAAAGGACAGAAUGGAUAUGGAUUUAACCUGCACAGUGACAAAAGUCACCCAGGGCAGUACAUCCGGGCUGUGGAUCCUGAUUCACCCGCUGAGCAGGCUGGACUUCUGCCAAAGGAUCGCAUCAUUGAGGUUAAUGGUGAAAGCAUGGUGGGCAAACAUCACGGAGAGGUGGUGAGCGCCAUCAAGGCUGGGGGCGAGGAGACAACGAUGUUGGUGGUUGAUCCUGAGACAGACCAAUACUUCCAGGAAUGUCAUGUGACCCCAGGACAGCAACACCUGUCAGGUCCUCUGCCAGAUAAAGUGGUUAAUGGGGACCUAGAAAAGGAAGACAAGCUGGAGCACCUGGAAAAUGAUAGUCCCCGGAACUCGUUUGUAUCUAAUCCUGAGCCAGCACCAGUAGAAAACCCAAUUAGUCAGGAGGCGCAGAAGGAUGUUUUGGAUUCCAGUCCAGUACCUGCUUCCAACCCUGUCCCAAGCAUUGAAACGCUCGAUCUUAAUUUGUCCCUGGCAGCAGCAAAGGAGCGAGCCCACCAGAAACGAUCACAGAAAAAGGCACCCACCAUGGACUGGAGCAAACGGAAAGAAGUCUUUAGCAGCCUGUGA